UAUAUUGGUGUGUAUAAAUACUAGUACAAGGCAGGUCCUCUAAUUUGCUUACCCAUCCGGCCAUAUCCCACGGUUGUACUACGUCCCACCACAAACCGCGCCAUCGCGUGAAGAACACGAGAGACGAGACGAGACAAAUUAAAGCCAGGAACAGGAAGAGAGACCACCAGGCCGGCCGCGAACGAGGGAGCCAGCAGCAAGCAUGGGCCAUCGUCUUCCUCGCCGGAGCCUCCCGCCGAUGAUGGCCUCCGCCGCCCUUCUCUGCCUUCCAUCUGCCUUUGGUCAGGCCGGCGCUCUCUGUGCUUCUGCGGUUCAUUCAUUAGUUGAUUAUUAAUUGCUACACCUACCUCUCUGACCGACCGACCGACCGAUCGGGCCUUGCAAGGUCUGGCGAUGGCGGCGCUCUGGCCUGCUGCAUCGGCGGCGGCCAUGGACGACGGCUGCAGCAGCUCCGUUCGGAGGAGCCCGGCGGCGAGUAGUAGCAGCAGCAACAAGAGGAAGAAGCAGGAGGAGCAGAAGUUGUGGGUGUUUGGGGACUCUUACGCGGACACGGGCAACCUGGGCGACCUGGGCAGGGAGCUCACGCACGCCUGGUACGACCCCUACGGCCAGACCUUCCCGCGCCGCCCCGCCGGUCGCUUCUCCGACGGCCGCGUCCUCACCGACUUCGUCGCCUCGGCGAUGGGAAUGCCGACGCCGGUGGCCUACAAGGUGCGCCGGGGCGCGCGCCCCGGGAUGCUCGCGCGCGGCAUGAACUUCGCCGUGGGCGGCGCCGGCGUGCUCGACACCGGCAACUUCCAGCGCAACAUCAGCGCCCAGAUCGACCUCUUCCAAGCCCUGCAAGCUGGGCCGCAGCGGCGCCGCGACAACGACAACAACAACAACACGUGGACUGCGCUCGUCGUCGUCUCCGGCAACGACUACUCCUACGCCUCCAGCGGGGGCGCCAGCAACGACAACAACGGCACCAGCGCUGCGAUCGCGUACAUCCCGACGGUGGUGCGGGAGCUCCGGGAGCAGCUGCGGCGGCUGCGGGACGAGGCCGGGAUGAAGAAGGUGGUGGUGACGAACCUGCACCCGAUGGGGUGCACGCCGGUCUUCACGCGCCGGAUCAACUACACGGGCUGCGACCCGCUGGCCAACGCCGGCGCGGCGCAGCACAACGCCGCGCUCGAGUCCGUGCUCGCCGCCCUCGACCCGGCCAACCGGACCUUCCUCCUCCUCGACGUCCACACCCCCUUCGCCGCCUUCCUCCUCGACGCCGCAGACGAUCGCGACGACAACAACGGCAGGUUCGAGAGCCCGCUGCGGCCGUGCUGCGAGAGCUUCAGCAAGGACGGGUACUGCGGGCAGCAGGACGAGGACGGCAAGCCGCAGUACACGCUCUGCGGCGACCCCGGCCGCCGCUUCUACUGGGACGACGUGCACCCGACGCAGGCCGCCUGGGCAGCCGUCGCCGACAGCUUCAGAACCACCGUCAACAACUUCCUCUCCACCUGAUGAUAAGAGUUUCAGACGAGAACCAAUUGGCCCUGGUUUUGGACGUGUGAUCGCAAAAAUCUUACUACUACCGGUACAAGUUCACUAACCAACACCCGCUGCUCUCUCUCCUGUUCCCUGCUUCCUCCGAAACAGGAGCUUCGAAAAUACUACUACUACUACAACAGCAAGCAAGCUGCGCCAAAGGCCUAGUGUAAAAUUUGUUUCAUUUGCUUUCUUACCAGCAACUGCUGCUGGUUUUCCUUUUCUCA